AGCUUGUGUAGUGAUCGGUCUUCCCUGAACACAGGAGCUUAUAAAUAGACACAUAGAGGCACAGAAACAGAAGCAGUCGGGUCGGAUUGGAUCGGAACCGGCGGCUCCUGGUACUGCUUGGAAAGGACUAUCCGGCUCAGGGGUGUCCAACAUCACACACUGCUGGGGACAUUUUCAUACACACACACACACACACACACACACACACACACACACACACACCACUGUAUAUUUCGACAGUCUGGAAGCUCCUGGAUUAGUGUGUGUUUAAACUCACAUCCCACGCAAUACAUGCCGAAACCGGGGGACCUUCAGGAAUCGAGGAGCUUUGAGGUUUUCGCCACUAUAAUCGGCUCUCGAAUGGACCCGCAGCUGAGCGCGCCCCCGAUGAACCUGCACAUCCACUCCACCACGGGCACGCGCUUUGAGCUCUGCCUCCCCGCCGAGGAGACCGUCGAGGGGCUCAAGAGGAGGUUAUCUCAGAGGCUUAAGGUGCCCAAAGAAAAACUUGCGCUUCUGCACAAAGAGACGCGCCUGAGUUCAGGGAAGCUUCAGGACUUGGGCAUUACAGAUGGGAGCAAGUUAACUCUUGUCCCAACAGUUGAAGCGGGUCUAAUGUCUCAAGCAUCAAGACCUGAGCAGUCGGUCAUGCAGGCUUUGGAGAGUCUGACUGAAACCCAGGUCAGCGAUUUCCUGUCUGGCCGCUCUCCUCUGACCCUGGCCCUGCGCGUGGGCGAUCACAUGAUGUUUGUCCAGCUGCAGUUGGCAGCACAGCACUCGGGCAACCAGCAGUCGCAACAUCGGCAUCUCGUCACACGCAGUAGCUCUAACGGCACAACGGGACAUUCUGCAGCAAUUACUGGCACCCAGAACCGGGCAUCUCACAACCCCCACCAACACCAACACACACACCCACACCCACACCAUCCUCAAAUAACACUUCCACCCAGCCCUGUUAGCCCUACACCUUUUCCUUCCUCUCCUUCCGGCCACUCUAUGCCCCCUCUGUAUCCCACCUCGACGUCCAGGCACUGCAGUACCCCACCUCGCUCCUCACAUCUCCCAGAAGGCAUCUUCCGUUCUCAGCAACCGUUAUCGGCUUGUCAAAGUCCUGCUAGCGCCUCGAGCCCUGCUGGCCCCUGUCCAGAGGCAAACUGCACCACAAAGGCUACAGGCAACUGCAGCGCCCCGCCACGCUCUCGUAAACCAGGUGCUAUCAUUGAAAGCUUCGUCAACCAUGCUCCUGGAGUCUUUUCUGGGACAUUUUCAGGCACUUUGCACCCAAACUGUCAGGACAGCAGCGGAAGGCCACGACGUGACAUCAGCACCAUUUUGCAGAUCUUGAACGACCUCCUGAGUGCCACACGCCACUACCAGGGCAUGCCUGCUUCUCUCACACAGCUACGCUACCAGACACAGUGCAGCAGUGCGGCGUCUCCGGCGCCCUCGCCGCCACCUUCACCAUCAGCCACGGCUGAGCUCGCCAGCCUCACCUCCAAAGCUACCUCUGUGCCGUCUGUGAGCCAGGCACCUCUCCACCCGCUGGUGCAGUGCCAGAGCCAGGUCCGAAUGUGCAAACCCCCCGGUGACCGACUGAGGCAGACGGAGAACCGGGCAACGCGUUGUAAGGUGGAGCGACUGCAGCUGCUCAUGCAGCAGAAGCGGUUAAGGCGGAAGGCCAGGAGGGAUUCCCGUCCCUACCAGUGGCUUCCCAACCGCAAGGCCGGACGCAGUAACAGCAACAGCAGCAUGUCCAGCGAAGGCUCGCUCGAUCUGGACUUCGACGACUCGGUGUGGAAACCUGACGUCAAGGCUGACAUGAAGUCCGAGUUCAUCAUGGCCUGAAACGACCAUAAGUUCAAAUUAGUGAAUGGUGGUCCAAGAGAUCCAGCAAGAGACAAAAUGUUGUACAGGAAUAAUGUGAGACUGUAAGGCUGGUCAUGACUGAGAGAAAAAACAACAACAAUAACCCAAAAGCAUCGUACACUUCCCUUCAAACAGACUUGUUUCACAAAGGAAGUUAAACUGACCUUUACCAUGUAUCCCUGUCAGCCUACGAUCACAGACUGAACAAAAACUGUUGUGAGAAGUAAAAUCACGAAAAGGAGCAUAGCAGACUUCAAAGGUGUAGGGAAUCUUCUUUAUCUUUCUCCUUUUCCCAAGGAGAACACGAGGAUGGAGACCCAUCCAGGGCAACAUGCAGCUAUCACAAAUACACAAAACCCAUGAUUUAUUAUUAUUAUUUCUAUUAUUUUUUUUUUCUUCCCACAGGGGCAUUCACAAUUUUACGAGCCAUGAAGCAGAUCUUGAAUGAGGGUUGAUUUGUGUUUUAGUUUGUUUGUUUGUUUGUUUAUUGCUUUUUAUUACUAUUAAUCGAUUUACUAUUCUGAAACGAAUAUGUAGCAUUACCCACAUAGCAUUCAGGUUUCUAAUCUUAUGGAUGAGGAGGUUUUAUUUGCACAUAUCUUUUGAUUUUCAAUACAAGAAAUGGUACAGUGCACGUUGAGCCUCGCAACGUUUUUGUUUUUCACACGCAGCUCGGUGUAGUGACGGUUCAAAGCGGGAACGUGUUUAACCGAGUUUUCCUGUCGAAUCCGAGACGGCGAGUUUAUCGGAACAUCCAGAGUUUCUUAUUCCGUUGCUCGUUGUCCGGCACGGUCUCUUAUUGUCUCUCUGCGCUCAUGAGAAAAUUGCUGAUUAACAUACCCUCAAGGCAUUUGAGCCGAUCCUUCCACUUGAGAAGUCUCCUGUCUUGUCUAUGUGAUGGUAGUCUCUUGAGAAAAACCUUUUGCAAAUUGCUCUUAAGUGACGGCCUACUUAAAUUACCCUCGUUUAAGCCCCUCGUUCUGUCUCGUUAGACGGAGAACGAGGAGAACAAUAGGCCUACAGCCGCCAUCUUCCCCCUGCUCGAUAGUGCCUCACGGGUAGAUGCACUAACAUCCAAUUAGGCCUUCCACAGACCCACAGGUCUGCUGCUACACAGGACUUUACUUUGCAUGCAGAUGUGUGAAUUAGGCUCAUUUUUGUAUUAAAAAAUAGAUAUAAUAAGAACACAGGUGCUUAAAAAAUGCAUGAUUGAAUUUGUAUUUAAAAAAAUAAAAGUUUCUUGGGAUUAGAAAUGACGUUACAUAUCAGUGGCUAACCAAAACCCCAGGGCUGGACUUUUUCUUUUUUUUUUUUUUUUUUUUUUUUUUUUUUUUCCUUUAUCCCCCCUAAACACCCCGUUAAUGGAUCAUUCCGGGACUGUGAUGAGCUUGGAGCAAACAAACUUUUCAAAAAAAAAAGAACCCCUAAGAGCCAACCAACCCUUGGAGCUGCAGUGAUGUUGGACCAGCGUCUACCCCUACUGACUUGAGACAAUAGUCAAGAAUUAUAUAUAUAUAUAUAUAUAUAUAUAUAUAUAUAUAUAUAUAUAAAAAGUGAAAAGAAGACCACAAUUGCACUCACUGAGUUUGCAAUGAGAUUACCUGCCUAAAUGGAACCUAGUCUUUUUUCUUUCUUUUUUCUUUUUUUUUUUUUUUUCAAGUGGCCUUACCUUUCACAGACAUACACUUAGGGACUAGUGGACUAGAUGGGGAUUUUUUUGUCGCUGUUGUUCUUGCUGUCUAUUUUUUGUGUGUGCGUAUGUGUGCAUUAUUUUCACGCCAUCAUUUCCUUUAGUUAUUUGGGCAACUCUAAUUUCUUGAAGGUGGAGGCUCUAAUAUGUCAAGGCUUCUGUGCCUUAAAAAUUGCCCUUUGGUUUAAAAAGGAGGAGGAGGAGGAGGAGGAGGAGGAGGUUGAAGAAGGUCCUUCAGCAAACGUAUUAUUAGCCCUGGUUGAAUAAUUUUUUAUUCGGGAAAAGUAUCUGUAUAUUUAGCACUACCUGGAUGUAAAGGCAAAAUGGCUUCACAUUUCAA